AUGCCGCAUUUACCCCUCUCGGAAGCCCCCCUCGUCAACUCGAUUGACCUUAAAGCCAAUGGCGAAGUCAGCAGGAUGCGGAGCCAUAAAGGAAAUAUGCCUUCUCUACCUCAAACAAAAUAUUGCGCUCUCUGCCCAGCUAAGUUCACGAGGACUACCCACCUCAACAGGCACCUUCGUUCACACACAAAUGAACGAGCUCACCGAUGCAAUAUUUGUAAUGCCGAGUUCACGAGGAGUGACCUCUUGACAAGACACAAACGAACUUGCGGCGACGCCAGUAGUGUCAAUCGAUCAAGACGGAAAUCGUGUCAGGCCUGCGCUGAGUCUAAAGUCAAAUGCAACCUCCAGCAACCAUGCUCGAAGUGUACUGCCAGAGGCCGGGAGUGUGUCUUCAUCAACGACCCAGAGGCUUCACGCAACAAGAGGAACGCCUCGAAGAGGGCUCGCAGCCUGAGCACGCUGUCGACGUCGCCCAGCGAAACCGAAUGGUCAGAAUCGUCUACCGGUUACGACUCCUUCGGGCCAUCCAGCCCAAGCUCAACGUUAUCGUACAUGACCCAUGGGCACGACGCCUAUUCCCACAUCGUCUCUCCUUCUUACCCAUCGACCCAACUUCUGCCGAGCACUGGAUACGUUUCCAGCGCGUCUGAUUGUGCCUCCUCCGAGUGCUCGUCGCGGGCAUCUCCGCGGCUGGUUUACUUCGAUGGCCGCCAGGAUCUCUCGGGGUCGCUAGGCAUGGAACUCGACACGUUAGACUACAACCCCGAGCUCAACGACUUCUUCACCAACGCUCUCGACCCCUUCAUGGAAGACCAGUACGCCCCGUGCCUUCCACGGACGCAGAGCGAUAUGGACCUUGCCGGCUUUUUCGACUCCAGCCAGCCUUCUCCAACCGCAUACGGCAACGGCGACCCGUUACUGUACUCUCAGUUUUUUCCUCAGUCCACGCCUGAUCACGACUUCGCCUCUGGGCCCACGAACCUGAGCAAUACCUGUUCGAGCAAAGGGGCAUUUUCCGGGCGGCAAUUCCCCACGAUUUCCCCCGCAACCCAGAGGACGUCUGCGUUUGGCUCCUCGGCAUCAGAGAAUCCGACCCCCGAGGAUUUGAACAUGUACCUGUAUUUGUUCUUUACGGAAUUCAACGCGCAGAUCCCGCUUUUUCACCGGCCCAGCUGGAAGGAUGUGACACACCCGAUCCUCCUCCGGGCGAUGCAGGCAUGCGGCGCACUGUUCGCAAAAAACCAGAGCGCACAGGAUUUCAUGAUCAGAACAUUGUCAACCUCCCGCGACAUGCUGAUCAUGGAGUUUUCAAAGUCGACAUGUACCCUAAAGGAACGCAUGUUAUUGAUACUUGCGGGUAUAUUACUGCAGUCCAUCGGGCUUCUCAGCCCACGAGCUGACCAGAGAAGUCUGUUCAAAGCAUAUCACGAAGUCCUAGUUAUGAUGAUCCGGAAGAUAAAUCUAAUUAAAAUCGUCGGUUCUUGGUCUCUCCCAGAUCUCUCGAAUACGCAGGCAUUAGACACUGCGUGGAGAGAUUGGGCUCGCUUCGAGACCUUUAAACGCGCUCUUCUCGUCGCGUUCCUUCAGGACUGCAACCACUGCAUAUAUUAUUCGACACAGCCGGCCUUCAUCCCCACCGAGUUUGAUAUCAAUCUGCCAUGCGAUGACGCAGUGUGGCGGGCACAAAACGCGAGAGACUGGUACCAAAUCCAGCGAGCGCCGUCUCCUUAUGGCACCGGGGCACUUCGCCUCCUGGGCCCAAACAUGCAAAUGGCUAUGUCUACCCUCACAGAACCUACACCUCCGGCGAUUCCCUACAUCCUCAACCCCUUCAGCAACUUCGUUCUCAUCAACACCAUCCUUCUUGACGUCUUCUCGUCAUCGCCCAACCCAGCUCUGGGCUCGCUUAUGACGCCAACCCCUGCUUCUUCGUCAAUCCUCAACAAUGGAAUGCCGGGAUCGCCUGGGAACAGCGUCCUCAUCCAAUGUGCGUUGCACAACUGGCAACGACUGUGGUCCAGCUGCCCUGAAGCAGCCCAUUGCGAGAAGCAAGGCCCGUCGCUCACGCCCUUCAUCUGUAGUGCGUUGUCGUUCUACUGGCUCGCAAGGUUCGCAGAAGCUGGGAAGCAGAACGGGACGAUGUGCGUCACUGGGUCCUUGUCUGCAAGAACUGACGUGGAGGAGCGUCAUCGUGUCGUAAAGAGCUGGUUGGACCAGAUUAAUGCGACUCUCCAGAGCGGAUCUGGGGUCUCUCCGAGUCCGAGUCUGUGGACCAACAGCCCUCCGUCUCUCGGAACGAUGGCUAUGCCGUUUUCUCAUGUGUAA